UAAAUAUUUCACCUAAAAAGAUGCAGUGAGUGAACCGUAAGAGGGAAUAAAUUGUAAAUCCAGAUAGAAUGCGAGGUAAUCCGGCGACCGCCAUUUGUUACCCACAAUUCUCUCUCCUUCAGUCUUUCCAGUGCAUCCGCCAUGGAGGAGGACAAAAGCAAGGAUGCUGCUGCCCCGCGGGUGAGGCAGCGAUGGAAGAAGAAGAAGCCUGUUGACCCUAAGCCCAAAGAAGCUGCCGAGAAGGCAACAGAGUCCAAGCCGAAGACGGGAACUGGCGAACCCCGGAAACGCAGGGUCAGGAAGGCACCUGGUGAAGCCCGAGUACCCAAACCCAAGAAGGUAACAGAUGGAGCCCCAGAACCCAAGCCCAAGAAGGAGGCAGCAGCCAAGCCCAAGAAGGAGGCAGCAGCCAAGCCCAAGAAGGAGGCAGCAGCCAAGCCCAAGAAGGAGGCAGCAGCCAAGCCCAAGAAGGAGGCAGCAGCCAAGCCCAAGAAGGAGGCAGCAGCCAAGCCCAAGGAGGAGGCAGCAGCCAAGCCCAAGGAGGAGGCAGCAGCCAAGCCCAAGGAGGAGGCAGCAGCCAAGCCCAAGAAGGAGGCAGCAGCCAAGCCCAAGGAGGCAGUAUCUAAACCCAAGAAGGAUGCAGCAUCUAAGCUCAGACGCAAACCACUUACAAAAUUCAAGCUUCCUGCAGUGCCUGAGAUCCUCUUGAAACGCAGGAGACAGAGGAUUGCUGAAAGGAAGCAAAGAAUUGAUGCUGCAAUCAAGGUUAAGAGAGCCCUGAAGGCAAAGCGCCACAAUAUCUUCCGCCGAGCUGAGAGCUACAUAAAGGAGUAUCGAGUAGCUGAAAGGCAGAAUAUUGGCUUGAUUCGUGAGGCUAAGAAGGAGGGCUCUGUGAUUGUUCCUGCUGAGUCUAAGUUGGCCUUUGUCAUCAGAAUUAGGGGGUGAGUAUUUUCUAAAAUA